AUGGCAAGGCGGUCUUCGCCCCAGUGGGAGACCUUUCAACUGACAGAUUGCGGCGUUGAUCCUCCCACCCCGCUGCCUGCAAACGGCUGGAGAGGCGCGGCAGCUGUCGGCAACAAAGUCGUCUUUGCACCCGCCGAUCAAUGGCAUGAGCCGAACAUCGCGAAGGCGGUCGUUGGCAUUUUCGAUGUUGGGGUACAGCCCUACACCUUCACCCGUGUUGACAUCACCAACAAUGUGACGGUGUCAGACACCCGGGAACUCUUCAAUGGCGCAGUGGCGAUCGGCUCCGUGGUGGUCUUUACACCACACAACAGCGGCUUCGUUGGCGUCUACGACCUCAGCAACACCGCCCAACCCUACAGGCAGGCGGUGCCAAACGGAGGCUUAGCGCCUGGGGGCUUGACCGAUGCGGUGGCUGUGGGCAACAAGGCCGUGUUCUGCCCGUAUAGGCAUACGAAGGUGGUGACCUUCGAGCCCGGACCAGAUACCUUCGAGAUCACAGACGUCUCCGGCAAGGUUACCUAUGAUGACUAUGGCUUCCAUGGGGCUGCAGCAGUCGGCACCAAGGUCUAUUGUGCCCCAUGGUAUGAGAAGGCCAUUGGCGUCUACGACGUGGAGACUCGGGCAUUUGACUUGGUGGCCGCGGCUGUGUUCCAAAGCAAUCCUACCUACAGCUUCUACUCGGCAGCAUCCCUCGGCCCCAUCGUCUACUUCGCCCCAGCGAUAGGCGAUGUGGUCCUUUCACUGGACACACGAGACAACUCCACAGCAACCAAUGCAGGGCAUGGUGCGCGCACCAACGGCGGCCCCAGCGGCGGCAUCUAUUCCUACUACUCGGGCACGGCAGUCAUGGGGGCCAACAGCGGGUCCGGGACGGUGAUCUUCUCACCUUUGGUCGCCAGGGACGUGCUGCUCAUCCGCGUCGGGAUCGCCAGCACCACUGCCACCACCGCCACCAGCACCACCGCCGUCAGCACCACAACCACAACCACACUCACCAGCACUGCUGAAACUACCAUCACCACGACCGUUUUUGCCACAGUGGCUGCGUCUGUGGGUGGUAUACAGGCCGGGUACGAGGGCGUAGCCGUGACAGCCAAUGGCAAGGCGGUCUUCGCCCCAGGCCGGGACUACUUUCACAUCUGCCAGAACUUCGACAAUACUCGGGUUGGCAUCUUGGAUCUUGCAACGAGCCAGUGGGAGACCUUUCAACUGACAGAUUGCGGCGUUGAUCCUCCCACCCCGCUGCCUGCAAACGGCUGGAGAGGCGCGGCAGCUGUCGGCAACAAAGUCGUCUUUGCACCCGCCGAUCAAUGGCAUGAGCCGAACAUCGCGAAGGCGGUCGUUGGCAUUUUCGAUGUUGGGGUACAGCCCUACACCUUCACCCGUGUUGACAUCACCAACAAUGUGACGGUGUCAGACACCCGGGAACUCUUCAAUGGCGCAGUGGCGAUCGGCUCCGUGGUGGUCUUUACACCACACAACAGCGGCUUCGUUGGCGUCUACGACCUCAGCAACACCGCCCAACCCUACAGGCAGGCGGUGCCAAACGGAGGCUUAGCGCCUGGGGGCUUGACCGAUGCGGUGGCUGUGGGCAACAAGGCCGUGUUCUGCCCGUAUAGGCGUAAGAAGGUGGUGACCUUCGAGCCCGGACCAGAUACCUUCGAGAUCACAGACGUCUCCGGCAAGGUUACCUAUGAUGACUAUGGCUUCCAUGGGGCUGCAGCAGUCGGCACCAAGGUCUAUUGUGCCCCAUGGAAUGAGAAGGCCAUUGGCGUCUACGACGUGGAGACUGGGGCAUUUGACUUGGUGGCCGCGGCGGUGUUCCAAAGCAAUCCUUCCUACAGCUUCUACUCGGCAGCAUCCCUCGGCCCCAUCGUCUACUUCGCCCCAGCGGUAGGCGAUGUGGUCCUGUCCCUGGACACACGAGACAACUCCAUAGCAACCAAUCCAUGGCACGGUGCACACACCAGGGGCCGCUAUUCCUACUACUCGGGCACGGCAGUCAUGGGGGCCGACAGCUGGUCCGGGACGGUGAUCUUCUCGCCCUUGGACGCCAGCGACGUGCUGCUCAUCCGGGUCGGGACCGUGACCUCCACGGAGCUUCAGCAGGAUAUUGCCGCAGGGUCCAGGAACAUACCCGUGGCAGACGUGAGUGACUUCAAGGUCGGUGACACCAUCCGCAUCUCGGACGCGAGCGCAUCAGAGACCCGAACAGUCAUCGACAUCGUCGUCGGCCCGGCCCUGAUUGAGCAGCACUCCCACAAGAGAGCCACGUCCACUCCUGGCAUCCUGGUCCUGGAUGCCCCUCUUGCGAACGCCUACCAGGCGCAAGAGUCGGCAAGUGUGGCCAUCUCCGAAUCGGUAAGCUUCACCAACCAGCCAUCACUGGCGGGGCUCUACUGCUAUGAUGCCCACAACAAAACUAGCAACGCCUAUGCCAAACUCCAAGACGUCGCAAGCCGCGAGGUGUGCCAGCAGAUUUGCGCCUCGGAUGCGAAGUGCAACUUCUACGGCUACCACGGCUCCGCAAAUGCUCUGGAGGCCCCCAGUCGGUGCUACAACUGUGCCCUCUACGAGAGCUGCGAGUACCAGCGCGAGUCGGUGUGCAAGGACGUCACCCCGCCCUCGAACUUCGUGAAGAAUCCCAGAGACACGGCGGCCCGGAGAGUUGAGAAGAAGUUCGAGGCCGACUACCGGCUCAACGGCCAGUUCUGCCAGCGGAGCCAGAUCUUCGCCGAGCAGGUCGCCAACCAGAGUGUCUGCCGCAGCUACUGCGAAAGCAUUGGCGACUGCAAGGUCAUGGCCUACUACAAGGACAGCCUUGUGCGCGAAGACGCAGCCUGGAACUCCUGCAACAAGAACUGCCGCCUCUACUCCGGAUGCGACAGCCCCGUGCCCUCCCUGUGCUUCAACCCUCCGAUCCUGUUCCGGGUUACGAACACCACGACAGCAAGCCCGUGA